AUGAUGCUUGUGGACAUACGUGAAAGCUCAUUCGCUAACUUCUCGUCGAGGCGGUCGGCCGUGGCUGUUUGGCCUCCGCGGAUGCAGCCUUACACGGCUUGCCUUCAAAUCAAUCGACUUAAAGUUCUCAUCUGCGGUGAUAAACGUGUUGGUAAAACGUCAUUGAUUCAUGCGUUUCGAGAUGAUUUUUUCACGGAAAACGUGCAAGAGACCGGUGAAAUGAUCUGCAAAAUGCACUAUAUCCAGGACCGUCGAACGCUGUUCCAGAUGGUUGAACUCCAUGUUGGUCGAUUGUUACCACCGGACGCUACCAAUGCUCAUGCAAUUUUGCUUUUAUUCGAUGACGAGUCGGCAGCGACCUUAAAACGGAUUAAAGAAUAC